AAAAAUAUCGUAUCUCAAACUCAAAGUCAAAGACUCAAACAGAGAGGAUUUCAGGAAAAAAAAAAAAAACAAAGUGAGAGGAAGACCAGGCGACGAUGAUGGCGAGGAAGACGAUCAUGGAGAUCGGGUGCCAGAGGAGGCUGAGGAAGAGGAUGAGGAGCGUGAUGAGCGAGUAGCUAAUGCAGUACAGAGGGGUCUUUCUCCACAACCGAUUUGCUCCGCCUCCACAGUCGCUUGUCCUCCUCCCUACUGCCAACAAAAUGUGGUUUUUUGCUUUUAUUGUUCGGAUUUCAUUAGGCUUAUGAGAAAGAUUUAUUUUGUGUUUUAAAUCUUUCGAUUGGGUUUUGUGAUUUUUUUUUUUUUUUUUUUGAUAUGUGUUUUUUGUUUUGAUUGUGGUAUGUUUUAGUUUGUAACCGAUGAGACAGAGAAGCGCGAGAGAGUGAAGAACGAAAGAGAAAGGGGUGAGAGAGAAAGAAUUAUUAUUUUAUUCCACCCGUGAUUAUUUUAAGAAUGAAAUAUAUUUGGAGUUGCUACAGUAAUUGUUUCAGUGCUAUUACUGUAGCAAAUCUAUAAAAAAAAAAAAUUGGAGAUGGAGAGGUUGUUGGAGAGGUUUUUUUGUGUGUUUACUUUCCGUAAUUGGCUUUAAAGAGCUUAUUGGAGAUGCUCUAAGCCAUAACGGACUCAAUUUAGAUUUGAAUUUUCCUUUAUUCAAAGUAACAAAAGUGUCUAUGUGCUGGCCAGACUAAUUCAAAUAGACUACCAAACCAAACAGAGAGAGAAAAUGGAAGAUCCCUACUGGUUUAGCUUUGCUCUGAUAAUUAUUUUCUCCAUUUUUCUCAAGCUCUUCAUAAAAAACAAGAAAUCAGCAACAACAAUCAAGAAGAACCUACCUCCAAGCCCACCAUCUCUCCCUUUUAUUGGUCACCUUCAUCUUUUCAAACAACCAAUCCAGCGAUCUCUACAAACUCUUUCACAAAACUACGGCAACAUCUUACUCCUCCGAUGUGGUUCCCGUACAGUCCUCUUAGUCUCUUCCCCUUCAGCCGCCGAAGACUGUUUCACCACAAACGACGUCGUCUUCGCCAACCGUCCGCGCUCGCUUGCCAACGAUCACUUCACCUACAACUACUCCGUUGUAUCUGUAGCUCCCUAUGGUGAUCUUUGGCGCAACCUUCGCCGUAUCUUGACGCUUGAGAUACUCUCUUCCUCUCGUAUCAACGCGUUUUCGAGUGUUAGACAAGAAGAGGUCAAGUUACUACGUGAAAAGCUCAUGCAAAGUUGUGGGAAAGCCACGAGAAAGAUUGAUUUGAAGUCUAAGUUUGUGGAGCUUUCUUUCAAUGCCAUGACAAUGAUGAUAGCUGGGAAGAGGUAUUUUGGAGAGGAUGUGGAAGAUGAAGAGGAAGCUAAGAGAAUUCGUGGUGUUAUUAGGGAAUUGGUGGAUUUGUGUGCAGCAACAAAUAUGGGAGAUUUUUUACCUUUUUUGCAGUGGAUGGAUUUGCUGCGUGUGGAGAAGAAGAUGGUGGGGUUGAUGAAAAAGAUGGAUAGGUUUUUGCAGGAACUGGUUGAUGAAAAUCGUGGACCUGGAAGGGAGGCAGAGGUGAAGAAAUUGAUGAUACAUAACUUGUUGAAGUUGAGAGAAACAGAGCCAGAGUUUUACACGGACGAAAUCAUCAAGGGAAUUAUUAUGGUGCUGCUAGUAGCAGGGAUUGAUACUUCAUCAACUACCUUAGAAUGGGCUAUGUCACUAUUGCUCAACCAUCCAACUGCAAUGGAAAGGGUCCGAGCUGAAAUAGAUGCUAAUGUGGGACAAGGCCACCUUUUGGAUGAACAAGACUUUCCAAAGCUACAUUACCUACAAAAUGUAAUUAGUGAGACACUCCGUUUGUACCCACCUGUUCCUCUUCUUGUGCCACGUGAAGCAUCUGAAGAUUGUGUAGUAGGCAAUUAUGAUGUGCCUCAAGGAGCAAUGUUACUAGUCAAUGCCUGGGCCAUUCAUAGAGACCCUAAGGUUUGGGAGAACCCAACAAAGUUUAUGCCAGAGAGGUUUGAAGGGUGGAGUGGUGAGGGGUAUAGCCUAAUUCCAUUUGGUGCUGGAAGGAGAGGAUGUCCUGGGGUUGCAUUAGCCAAUCGGGUGAUUGGAUUGGCAUUGGGGACUUUGAUUCAAUCAUUUGAAUGGGAAAGAAUCGGUGAAGAGGAGGUUGACAUGACUGAAUAUUUGGGCCUCACCAUGCUCAAGGCCAAGCCUUUGGAGGCAAUGUGCAAAGUAAGGGAACCAAUGCAUCAGCAUUCUCCGGUGGAUGCCAUCAUCUAAAAGUCCCCAAAUAAAUCAACUGGACUCAUGAAAUGCUAUGAUUAAGAAUAUCCACACACCCAAAAAAAAAAAAAUCUAUGACCAUAGCUUAGAUGUAGUUGAUUGUAUGUACUGGUAGUAGAGAAAAAGUUAUAAGUAUGUGUAAAAGUGACAAAAUAGUCCCUCACACUUAGUUGUUACAAAAAUUGUGAUACAAAAGUUGUGGUAGUAAAAAAAUUCCAUAUGAAAUUCUCUCAA